UUGCAAGAUCCUUUAAUUAGAGCAGAGUGUAGAGCGAUGUUUCAAGAAGGAGAAGUUGAUGAUAGGUUUUUAAUGAUUUUAUUUCUUACUGUGGAACGUCUCCGAAAGAAUUCUUCGUGGAAACCUUAUCUUGAUAUGCUUCCCACCACUUUUGGGAAUCCGUUAUGGUUUACCGAUGAUGAGAUGCUGGAAUUGAGAGGAACAAUCUUGUAUAGAGCAACUGAAUUGCGGAAAAAGGAUUUGAUUUAUGUGUACGAAGAUAAAGUGAAGGGUUUGGUGAAGAAACUUAUUUCUCUUGAUGGAGUUUCAGAAAGUGAGGUAUGCUUUGAAGAUUUCCUUUGGGCGAAUUCUAUAUUUUGGUCUCGUGCUCUGAACCUUCCUCUUCCACAUUCUUAUGUAUUUCCCCAAAUUCAAGAAGAUACAGAGACAACCUGUCCAAUUGAAAGAAGUUCUGAGGUGACCAUCAAUCAUAGUGGACUAAGUGGAGAGCCUGUUAAUGAAAUUGAUGGAAAAAGUGAGGUGAAAGUUUACUGUAUUAACAUGGAGCUGAGGUUAAAUAUUUUUAUUUAUUUUGGGUUUAUAUCAGGAUUUGAGGGUCAUGAGAAUGAUAAAAAGUCAAUGGAACAAUUUCCACAUCGAAAAAAGAAGAAACUAUAUGGGUGGAGGGUCUUCUCUCUGGCAUUGACUUUUGCAACCAUGGCAGUGGCAACAUGGGAAGUUCCUGUCCCAAAGUUCCCUUUGUUUGAGGCUAUGCUGCUAUGCUUUUAA